AUGGAAAAUUCGGACGAACCGCUGAAUUUGACCAUCAAAAAAAUGCCCAUCGCCAUCGUCGCUCCGUUCCAUCACGUCGACCAAAAUCACAACAUUAAAAUUAACAACAACAACGACGACAAGCUUCCCGCCAACAACAACAACAAUAACAAAAACGAAGAGGAUGUGCCUCAGGAUUUAUCGAGAAAAACUCCGACAUCCGAGAAUGGAUUGGAUCUAUCGACAAAAAAGCAACCUGAAAAAAUCUACCAUAACGAACAGUUGAGAAAAUACCUGUGCAAAGAUGAACAAUCCGACAAUUCCUACAACAAAAACACAUUCAACGGUGACAAUCAAAUCGUCAAUGAUUACAAUAAGUUGCGCGAUUUCUACGAAAACAUCGCAAACAAAGGCGACAACAACAACAUCUACUCCUUCCUGAACAAUUUGUGCGACAACAAAUUUCUGUCCGCAUGGUACAUGAACACCAUGCUCACCCAACAAAACCCCUAUUUAAACUACGCGCCCCCACCGUCUCCGUACGAAUGCAAAAGCGACACAAGUCCAAAUCGCAACCGAAUCCUCAACAAUCUCUUGGACAAAAAACCGUACAAUCCUUGCAAAUUUCCCACCGGGUUUGACGCGCUCAUCAAAAACGAAAUGAAGGGCGACAAUAAGCACCCCAGUAGAAAACAGAAUGGGUCCCAAAUGGAUCACAAGAACAAUAUAGACGCGAAAAACGCCGAAGCGAACGAGAAGAAAAAGCCCCACAUCAAGAAACCGCUGAACGCUUUCAUGUUGUAUAUGAAAGAGAUGAGGGCCAAGGUGGUUGCCGAGUGCACGCUGAAAGAAAGCGCCGCGAUCAAUCAAAUAUUGGGACGACGGUGGCAUUCGUUGAGCCGCGAAGAGCAGGCCAAGUAUUACGAGAAGGCGAGACAGGAGCGCCAACUGCACAUGCAGCUGUACCCGGGCUGGAGCGCUAGGGACAAUUACGGUUACGGCACCAAGAAGAAGAAGCGAAAGAAAGAACGGACACCCAUUGAUUCGGGAGGUAAUAGUAUGAAGAAAUGUAGAGCCCGUUAUGGACUGGACCAACAAAAUCAGUGGUGCAAACCUUGCAGACGUAAGAAAAAAUGUAUACGAUACAUGGAAUCAGGCGGGGAGAACGACGGCAACCAGUCGGACGACAACCUGGGCAGCUGCGGCAGCACCGGAGACGCGCACACUCCCCCCGAAGACGACACCGAAAGCCUGAACCAGUCGAUGUCGUCGCCGGGCGGGCUCUCGGCCCUCUCGAGCCUCACGAGCCCGGGCGGCAUGGUAAUGCCGAGCCCGUCGGCCAGCGUGGCCAGCCCCUCGGUCAGCGUGGCCAGCCCGUACAUGCUGCAGAGCCCGCUCACCCCCCACGAGGGCUACGACGUGAAGCUGCCGCCGCCGCCGCCCCUGCCGCGCCACCCGGUCGGCACGAACCCGCACGACGCCAACAACCCGCUGAGCGUGAACCAGCUGACGGGGCAGUGCGUGCGGAACGAUCCCUCCGAAACGAACGGCAACAAAGAGACGCGAUCCAUCAUAAGUGUUACGUAG